AUGGCUUCUCGUGACGUAUACAUUUCUGCUGUGAGCCGUACUCCUAUUGGAGGCUUCAACGGUUCCUUGGCUUCUCUUCAAGCAACUAAGCUUGGCUCCAUCGCUAUUGAAUCUGCCAUGAAGAAAUCGACUGUCCCUGUGGAAGCCGUUGAAGAAGUCGUUUUUGGUUGCGUUUUACCUGCUAAUCUCGGCCAAAACCCUGCUCGUGUUGCUGCUCUUGGUGCUGGUCUUCAUGACACCACCAUUGCUACCACUGUCAAUAAGGUGUGUGCUUCUGCUAUGAAAGCUGUCAUUAUCGGUGCUCAAACAAUCAUGCUUGGGCAAGCAGAUGUCGUUAUUGCUGGUGGUAUGGAGUCCAUGUCAAAUACACCUUACUAUCUCCCCAAGCAACGUUUUGGCUCCGUCUAUGGUAACACUGAAGUCGUUGACGGUGUUGUCAAAGAUGGUUUGUAUGACAUUUACAACGACUACUUGAUGGGUGUUGCUGCUGAAGAAUGUGCUACUGAAUAUGGCAUCACGCGUGAGCAACAGGACGACUUUGCUAUUGAAUCUUACAAGCGAGCUCAAGCUGCUCAUGCUGCUGGUCUUUACAAGGAUGAGAUCGUGCCUGUCGUUGUCAGUGGUGGACGUGGUAAACCUGAUCGUGUCAUUGAACAAGAUGAUGAGAUGCUUAAACUGAACGAGGAUAAGUUGCGUGCUGUUCGCCCUGCUUUUGCUGGCAAGGAGGGUACCGUCACUGCUCCCAACUCUUCUCCGUUGAGUGAUGGUGCUACUGCCAUUGUGCUUUGUUCCAAAGAGGCUGCUGACAGGUACGGUUUAACCUUGUUGGCCAAGAUCAAGGGCUGGGGUGAUGCGGCUCAAGCACCCGCCCGCUUCACCACCUCUCCUGCCUUGGCCUUGCCCAAGGCCAUCAAACAUGCCGGCUUGAAGCCCGAGGAUAUUGAGUACCAUGAAAUCAAUGAAGCCUUCUCUGUUGUUGCUUGUGCCAACUCCAAGAUUUUGAAACUGAAUAAGGAGCAUGUCAAUAUUUGGGGCGGUGCUGUUGCUAUGGGUCAUCCCUUGGGUUGUUCUGGUGCUAGAAUCAUUGCUACAUUGACCUCUGUGUUGAAGCACAAGAAGGCUAAAUAUGGUGCUGCUGCUAUUUGUAAUGGUGGAGGAGGAGCAUCCGCUAUUGUCAUUGAGCGUGUAUAG